AUGGCUCCCAUCACCGACAGCAAGGUCGAUGAACUUCGCACACAAUACCAUGCUCUAGAAGAACGCAUUCACCGGUUAGAACAGAGGCUGGAAACCGGAGAGACCAAGCCUUCUAUUGCUGAAUCCAUGCGCCUGAUUCUCAUCGGCCCUCCUGGUGCAGGAAAAGGAACCCAAGCUCCAAAGAUCAAAGACAAAUACUGUGUCUGCCAUUUGGCCACGGGUGACAUGCUCCGAGCACAGGUUGCCAAAAAGACUCCCCUGGGAAGAGAAGCCAAGAAGAUCAUGGAUCAAGGUGGUCUGGUCAGCGACGAUAUUAUGAUCAACAUGAUCAAGAAUGAGCUUGACACGAACCGAGAAUGUGCCAAUGGCUUCAUUCUGGAUGGAUUUCCUCGAACCGUGGCCCAAGCUGAAGGUCUCGACUCCAUGCUCAUCGCCAACAACAAGCCACUGAAGCAUGCGGUCGAGCUUCAAAUUGAUGACGGCCUACUGGUUUCUCGUAUCACUGGUCGACUGGUCCAUCCAGCCUCCGGACGGUCUUACCACAAGGUCUUCAACCCUCCCAAGACACCCAUGACGGAUGACGUGACGGGAGAACCUCUGAUUCAAAGAAGCGAUGACAAUGCCGAUGCUCUUAAGAAGAGAUUGGUCACCUACCACACCCAGACGACCCCUGUGGUGGGUUACUACAAGACCAAGGGUAUAUGGGCAGGAAUUGAUGCCAGUCAAGACCCUGACCACGUGUGGAAGAGCAUCCUUGGAGUCUUUGGCGAUGCCAAAGGCGCCUCCUCCUCCAGCAUUCUCAGCAAGAUCGGAUUGCGGUAG